AUGCAGCCAAGAGACAGGAGGCUGUGUUGUUCCCUGGUGGUGGUAACGCUACUCCUGUGCCUGAGUGGGGCAAGGCAGUCUGCUCCUUCAUCGGCAGCGCGGGGGUCUGACCUUUCAACAGGAAAGCCCGGGGAAGCUCACAGACGGGUGAAACGCGGCUGGGUGUGGAAUCAGUUCUUUGUGCUGGAGGAAUACACAGGCACGGACCCAUUAUAUGUAGGGAAGCUUCAUUCUGACGUUGACCGAGGAGAUGGUUCAGUCAAGUACAUUCUUUCAGGAGAGGGUGCAGGUUCCAUCUUCAUCAUUGACGAGAGCACGGGAGACAUUCAUGCUACCAAAAGGCUGGACCGUGAGGAGCAGGCGUACUAUGCACUUCGUGCGCAAGCUGUCGACCGGAUCACAAACAAACCUGUUGAACCUCUGUCUGAGUUUAUUGUGAAAAUACAAGACAUCAAUGACAAUGAGCCACGAUUUCUAGAUGGUCCAUAUGUGACCAGUAUUCCGGAAAUGUCUCCCGUGGGAACAUCUGUGAUACAAGUGACCGCGACUGAUGCUGAUGAUCCUACUUAUGGAAGCAGUGCCAGAGUGGUGUACAGUAUCCUCCAGGGGCAGCCUUAUUUCUCUAUCGAGCCCAAGACAGGGAUCAUCAGAACAGCUCUACCGAAUAUGGACCGAGAGGCCAAGGAUCGCUACCUACUGGUUAUACAAGCUAAAGACAUGGUUGGACAGAUGGGAGGCUUGUCCGGGACUACAUCCAUCACUAUUACUCUGAGCGAUGUCAAUGACAAUCCACCUCACUUCUCUCGCAGUAAGGAACUAUAUUGUCUUUUCAUAAAAGAGCUGGAUUUUGAAAAAAAGUCAAGCUACACUCUGAAGAUUGAAGUCACCAAUAAAAACACCGACUUGAGGUUGCAGGCGCUGGGACCCUUCACGGACACUACCACCGUGAAGCUGGUGGUGGAGGACGUGGAUGAGGCCCCAGAGUUCAACUCGCCUCUCUACAAGAUGUCAGUCUCUGAGGCUGCGAGCGUCGACACAGACAUCGGUACUGUGUCGGCACAUGACCCCGACACAGCGAACAGCCCUGUCAGUGUGGUGACCACAACUGCACACGAGAACCCUGCUCAGAUUGGAAGAGGUUUUGUUCUCAUUAGCGUGGUGGAUGUCAAUGAUAAUUCUCCGGAAUUCCCAACAGAUUAUGAGACGUUUGUGUGUGAGAAUUCCAACCAUGGUAAGAUAAUUCAGAGAAUCAGUGCAGUGGACAGAGAUAAACCACCCAGCGGACACCACUUCUAUUUUUCCCUUGCUGCUGGGUCAGCCAAUAACCUGAAUUUCACAGUGCAAGAUAACAGAGAUAACACAGCCACGAUUCUGACUCGGCGAGCUGGAUUCAAUCGGCAGGAACAGGCUGUUUACUUCCUGCCAAUUGUGAUAGUGGACAAUGGGACCCCACCGUUGAGCAGCACCAAUACCCUCACAGUCCGAGUCUGUACUUGUGAUGAUGACGGCAUCGCUCAAUCUUGCAACGCUGAAGCCUUCGUCCUACCUGCUGGCCUCAGCACUGGAGCGCUCAUUGCCAUACUGGCCUGUGUUCUGACACUUUUAGUGCUGGUGCUGCUCAUUGUUACACUGAGGAGGCGCAAGAGGGAGCCUUUGAUAUUUGACGAGGAGAAGGACAUUAGGGAGAAUAUAGUCAGGUACGAUGAUGAGGGGGGCGGCGAGGAGGACACAGAAGCUUUUGACAUGGCCACGCUGAGGAAUCUCAAUUUCAUUCAGGACGUGAAAACGCGACGGGACAUCACGCCCGAAAUUCAGCUGUUUUCGAAAGCCACACACAAGCUGUCUCCUGACAACAUCAUCUUCAGAGAAUUUAUCUGGGAGAGGAUGAAAGGUGCUGACACAGAUCCCUGUGCUCCUCCAUAUGACUCUCUCCAGACAUACGCGUUCGAGGGGAAUGGCUCAAUUGCAGAGUCACUCAGCUCCUUAGAGUCCAUCACCUCAGCAUCGGACCAGAAUUACGAUUACCUUAGUGACUGGGGACCCCGUUUCAAAAAGCUGGCAGACAUGUACGGUAACUCCAACGACAGUAUGAACUCUUAG